UUACCUCAAAGUGCUCGGCGAUCAUGAUUGUUUUAUCUUUUGUUGACUUGCUCCAGGUCUCUUACCUCAAAGUGCUCGGCGAUCAUGAUUGUUUUGACCUGCUCCAGGUCUCUUACCUCAAAGUGCUCGGCGAUCAUGAUUGUUUUAUCUUUCGCUUCGGAACCGUGGUGGCUUGGGGUGUCACGGAGGAUCAAGUCAGGGAUAUCUGCAAGUUCUUGAAGCCCUUUUGCUUUUCAAUACUGCCAGAAUUUGAGUACGAUGACAUGUUCUUCAUAGUCGAAAGAGGACCGCCGAAUAGUGGUAAUGAUAUGUUUCUCAUCGUGGGUUCUUCAUAGGACCUCCGAAUAGCGGUACUGGAGUCUUGGACGUUUUUGAAGAGUUUUUAGGUUUGUUGUUCAUAAUCUUGGACGAUGGAGGAUAGUUCGAGAAUCCAUAUUUCAGGUUACGUCGCAAAAGACCGGAUCACUCUCGCAACG